UUUUACGUCGCCGUGUGUUGUGUUGUGUUCUGCCUGAGUUGCUAAAGUCUUUUCUGCAAAUAUUUGCCUUUAAAUUGCCAGCAAAUAGUGCAAUUAUUUAAGAGAUGACGUCGCUGUCGCCAGAGACGUCAUCGCUGGCAAUGGAGCAGGAGCCCAAGGAGCUGGCUAAGGAACUUGAGGAGGUCGCCACCGCCCACACGGCAUCCACAACGCCCACUCGCAUUCCACAUCCGGCCCAUUUCCAGCGUUCCGCCUCUCUGCGCCUGCGCGGGAAUCAAGCAGAGCUUGGACCACGAACCGAACCGUGUCCAGGUCGAGCCGGCGGAGGAGGCGGAUUCAGUUCGCGCGCAAAGCUCUCGACGAUCAAAUCGGUUCUAUUGAAGCGCAGCUGGAGCAAUCUAGGCCACAAGACGGAGCAGGAACCGGAAGCAGGAGCAGAUCCGCAGGCGGGCCAUGCACUAUGCACCGCCACCGAGUGUCUUUCCCUAGCUGAGAAGCCCCAAACGGAUGUCCUACUGCAGCAAGUGGCCAGCGACGACACCAUGGCCGGCAGCAGCAAGCCACGCAAUCUGUCUCUCAAGUUGAACGGCGGCGGCAGUGACAUCAACGGCGGCGACAGCAAGGAGCCUCCUCCUCCUUCUGCCACAGCCAGGACUCCCAGGACGCCACAGACUCCGCAACUACAGGGCAAAUUACAACCGGAAACGCCGCCACACACCUGCAUCCGUCAAGGUAAUUGCGUCAAGGCCGCGGGGAAGCAUCUGUCCACGCUGCACGAGUCCAAGGUCUCGCCCAGGACUCCGCCAGUCACACCGGAUUCACCCAGCACGUAUCUGGACGAUGAUCUAGAUUCGAUGUACUCGUUUGCCACCACCACCUCGGGACGCUCAACGAUGUCCUGCGAGCAUCCCUAUGUGGCUAGAAACGGAACCACCUUCAGUGGACGCAAAAUGAAGUACGUGGUGCAUUGCUCCAACUAUGCCGGUCAGGUGGGACCCGACUAUCUAACACCCACGCAGCGGGCUCAACGCCAGAUACGUCGUCUCAAGGAACUACUGUCCAUUGCUCGCCAGGAUCUCGAGCAAAAGGAUACGGAAAUUCUACGCUUAACGCGGGAAGUGGUCGAGCUGCGACUGUUCAAGGCCUCUCUAAGUUCGCCAGAGGAACGUUCCGCCUCCUCGGAUGCGGUGACUGUGCGGGAGGCGGAACUAAAGACCUCGCAGGAUGUCUCGCCCAUCGUGGACAUGGUGGACGAGGGCAAUGCCAAGGGCAGUCCUCGGCAUGUCAUACGACAGCAGCAUAAUCACUCCCUGCAGCAUCAACAGCUCCAGGCUAUGCAAAUGUCGGCUGAGAUGCAAAGCUCGUACGCAGACUCUGGCCACUUUGAGGAUCUCACCAUGUCCUCGGUGCACUCGAAGGACUCGCAGACGCAGAGCGAAGCCUGCGGAUCGAGCACGCCGGAUGGUGAACCGGAUGUGGGGGCCUGCGGCGGUGGCGAUGGCGAUGGCGAUGCGGCCACCAACCUGGAGAACUACGAACUGCAGCGUCAGGAGCUAAUCCGAAUGUAUGAGCACCGGAUCGAGGAGCUCAUCCGCAGCCAGGACAGCGCCACCAGUGAUCUGAAGCGUUCGCACAACGACAAGGUGGAGGCACUGCUUCAGAAGCUAGCGGAAUGCAACACUAGAUACUCGGACAUGGUGCCGGACUAUGAGCAGGCCAAGCAACGCAUCCGGGAGCUGGAGAAGCAGCUGGAGGAUCUGCAGCGGAAGCUAAUCGAGCACGAGGAGAAGCAGAACAAGAUGUACCUGCACAUGUACCAGCAGGGACAGGAGGCAGAGCGCAUUUCCAGAGCGGAUCAGGCAUUGGAAUUGGCCCAGCGUCAGCCGGAGAGUAAAGUGUCAAUCAAUGAGCUGCUCCAUCAGCUUCAGAGCACGCAGGACGAGUUGGAGAACAUACGCGCAUCAGAGUGCAGAAUGAGAGAGUGCGGCAGUAAUAAUGCUCUCCUUACUGCAAAAGAGGCGAUUUCAUUGUGGGUACUUGGCGCGCGUAAGACCAUAUACCGUCGCCUGAUGGAGGCCCAGAAGAAUCGCACUCACGUCGAUCCGGAGGUGACGCUGCAAUUCCUGAAGAGCGCCAUCUUUUACUUCCUCACGGACAAGGAGAACUCACAGGGACACCUGCAGGCCAUCGAGAGCAUCCUGGAGUUCACCGAUGCCGAGAAGCAGAAGAUCAGCGCCGCCCGCACGCCAAAAUUGCACGCAAAAGUUGGCAAGUCGAUGUCUAAGAUUUUGGUUCGUGCUAAAGUCCAUUGUUUAGAUUAUCUUACUUAUCUCAGAGCCAUUUGGCAAAUUUAAUUUGCAAUUUUAUUUGGUUACCGGAAUAAUUUUGUUAAAAUUAAAGCGUAUUCCUCUUAAUAUUUCUUUCCUUCUUUGGCAACGAAAUGUGUGUAUAAAUUGUCCUAUAAGUUUAAUUACGAUUACGAUGCAUAUAGUUUCGGUAUAAGGCUUAAGGCAUACUAGUACGUCCUUUACAAUGAAAAGAGAAAACCUUAAGAGUUCUAAGAGAAAUACAAUUUUACAAAAUCUACGUAGUUUUUGUAGAUUUAGCUAAUCAAUGUGAGAAUAAAACACCAUAUAGUUUUGGUCGUUUCAGCGGAGUUUUAAUGGCAAAUAAAUGCAACAAUAAUCGGAAA